AUGACUGAUCAAAAACAACCACAAGAAAAUACAAAGAAUGAACAACAACAACCAACACAAGAAGAGGUAGCUGCUGCUACUACUACUACCGCUGCUUCUUCUGUCGUCGACGAUGGAGUAGUUAGAAUGGGAGAGAUUGUCAGUGGAGAUGAAGAUAUUCAAAUAGAAAGAGAUGUUGCCAAAUGGAUGAAGGAUAUGUUAAAUAGAGAAGUCAAGAAAUUAAAAGAUCAAGGUGCUAGAUGUACACAAUUGACUGUCAAGAAUACAGGUAUUCUCAUACAAGAAGAAAAUAAGAUUCUCAAUAGAGUAGAAGUAGAUACAGCAUUUGAUUUCGAUGAAGUCAUCUCUAUACUCAUUUCAGAUUCAACUGAAUGUCCAGUUAAAAAAGGUUAUAGUUAUAUCAAUGUUAUUUUAAUUACCAAAAAGCCAACACCAAUGAUUUUACCAUACAUUUAUUUAAAGAGUGAUGUCAACAAAUUAACAGACUGGGUAUUCAUCAAUAACCAAUUUGGAAGAAGUCAACAUAAAAUUGAAGAAUACUCUGAAGUUAAGGCAGAAACAACAACAACCAUACCCAACUGGUUUAAUUAUUUAAUCAUGUUAAAAUAUCUAUUAUCAAUCAUUGUUUUUAUUAUUAUUAUUUCUUCUCUUGUUGUAUCGACAACGUCAUUUAAAUUGGAUGCACAGUAUUAUGUAGUUAGACCAGACCUUAGAUUAUGUUCCAAACCAAUGUGUGGUGGAUUCAUCUUGCAGAGAUUGAAUGGCGAACCAGGUGAAAGAGGUAUCUAUGUUGCUGAACUACUCUUUGACACUCCCACCACUAGACCCCGAGUCAAUCCAUCGACCGUCACUCAACUCAUCCAAGACGACCCCCUCUCUGUCAUUGUAAGGGGAUUCUUCCAAAAGAAUCAACACAACAAUUUGUACAACGACUUGUUUGUCCUCAAUUAUUACAAGUCUCUCCCUCCACCCGACUCAACCUACUCUCAGUUCGCCGUUGACCAAGCCACUCAUUCACGUUACUUUAGAGUGAAUCCAUGUAAGCAGCAGGAAGGUAGCGUUGGCAGUGACGAAGAAGAUCCAAUUACAACCUGUACAUUUACAGAGGUACAUUACAACACUGCACACGAAAACAUUGUCUACAAGGAUCCAUUCAACCAAGGUUUCGCACUCUUUGACCACAAGUGGUACAAAUCGAGACUCAACGACGUCAAGGAUAUCCAUACUAGCACCAUCAUUGAAGCACUCCAAGACGGUACCAAUAUCACCAUUCUCCGUAGUUUUGUUCAUCUUCCAGAUCCAAGAGAGGAGUGUCCAGCUCUCACAAGAACCAAGUGUGAGUCUGGAGAGGUGUCUACCUACACUCGUGAUGAAAAUAGAUGCUAUGUAUUCAACAAGUGUACUCGUCAAGGUCCAUGUCCACUCUAUGUCCCUCAUUGUCCUCGUAGAUAUGUUACAGUCUCUUUUGCAUCUACUCCCAAUGCUUGUCCAGCUUGGAUUUGUGAUGCUGAAUUUCUUGAUGAUACCAAUCCUUUCAAACCAUUUCCACUUAGAUAG